AAAAACUAAGGCACGUCUGACAAGUGUCAGUGGUUAGAAUAAACUGUGUCAUUUACCAUGCUUUCAUGCAUGAAUCUGCCGGCGCGGCUCGGACAACUCGACAGUUUUGGUACUCAGAAGAAAGGGAUGUAAGCUACCAAUACAUAGAAAUCUUAGGGGAAAUGGAGCAGCAUUUCUGUGGGUACACAACUAGAAUAGAAUCCCUGUUCGUGCUGUGUUAAACGUCAUGUAUGAUGUAUUUUCUAUGGGGUUCGUGGAAGCGGAGUGGACGUCGGACCCCACAGUUCUGGGGGCUCGGUUGCGGAAAUCACACCAGCUAAGAUGAAAGUUGCUGAACUCCGCAUGGAACUGAUGAACCGUGGCCUGGAUGCAAAGGGGAACAAGGCCGCCCUAGUCCAGCGUCUAGAGGAAGCACUGGAGGUGCCAGAGGGGCAAGUUUCCAACCAGGAGGGACUUUGGGAUGACCCCGAGGAUGAAACACAAGACGACGAGGUUGCUGUGAUGGUAGGAGUCAGGGAAGCAGUUGAGGAUGAGGGAGAAAGUAGUGCCACGGAGAAUCUUGAAGAACAAAGUGAGAACGUCGUCAAGAUGGACAUAGAGAGAGGAGUACAAGAGGAGCCCAUGGAACAAGGGCUUGCAGAAGCAGACAAAGUGGUAGUGCCAGAAAAUUCCAAGGCCCUCGCUCCCAAGGCUAAAGCUGUCACCAGCCCGGCCGUAGCACUUGCUCAGGAUAACUCCGAACAAGAGCCUGUGCCAAAGGCCCCAGCCAAGGCUCAAGAGAAGGUGGCAGAGGAGCGCGAGCCAGCAAAGGGAGCCGUCAAAGCAUCUGCAGCUACUCCAAAGAAGAAAGAAGACGCCUCCACUGCUGAAGGGGAGAAGGGGCCACCUCCAGAGCUGGAGAAGUACUGGAAGGCAGUCAGGGACAAGCCCACUGAUUUCACCGGCUGGACCUAUCUCCUGCAGUAUGUGGAGCAACAGGCUCAUAUGCCAUCGGUGAGGGAUGCCUUUGAUGCCUUCCUUGCCCGCUACCCCUACUGUUAUGGGUACUGGAAGAAGUAUGCUGAUUUGGAACGGAAGAAAGCUAAAAAUGGCCAAAAAGCACAGGAGGUGUUUGAGACGGGCCUGAGAGCCAUUCCGCUGAGUACUGACCUAUGGAUGCAGUAUAUCCAGUUUGUAGGACAAAUAGCGCCACCAGAGGAUGUUACCGAAAGGCUUCGAAGUGUGUAUGCCAAGGCUAUUGCCGCAGCAGGAACUGACUUCCGCUCAGACAAGCUUUGGGAUAUGUACAUCAGCUUUGAGAAGGACAAACAGGAGUGGCAGCGCGUCACCAAAAUAUAUGACCAACUUCUGACCAUCCCGACCCAACUGUACAGCCAUCAUUUUGAGAAAUUCAAGGACCACAUCAGUAAACAUCACCCCAAGGAUACGCUGUCCGUGGACGAGUUUAUCAAGCUUCGGAUGGAGGUGGUGGAUGCCCUUGGCGUGGCCGAGUCUGGGCUGGACGAAGGGGACGAGGCCGGCGAUGAUGCACCCCCGGGGGAUGACGAUGCACCACCUGGGGUGGAGGUUGCUCCCCCGGGGCUUGAGACACCGUCUACUAAAAAAGCUGUCAGUUCUAAGCAAGUGGAAGCAGAGAACGAGGCCAUCAGAAAGAAGGUAAUGGAGUCACGGACGGCAGUGUACAGACAGACGGAGCAGGAGGUUAGCAAGAGAUGGGCUUACGAGGAAGGGAUCAGGAGGCCCUACUUCCAUGCCAAGCCCCUGGAGAAGAGCCAGCUCAAGAACUGGCGGGAGUACCUGGACUUUGAGACAGCCAACGGCACCCACGAGAGAGUCCUGAUCCUGUACGAACGUUGUCUGAUAGCCUGCGCCCUGUACGAGGAGUUCUGGAUGAGGUAUGCCAAGUACCUUGAGCCGCACAGCAUCGACGGUGUGAGCUCAGUCUACAAGAGAGCCUGCACCAUUCAUCUUCCAAAGAAACCAAGCAUUCACCUUCGCUGGGCUGCCUUUGAGGAGAAACAAGGAAAUACUAAAGCAGCUCAGGAGAUUCUCAAGAAACUGGAAGAUAAUGUGUCUGAUCUCGUGAUGGUGACCCUGGAACGGAUCAGCCUGGAGCGUCGUCUAGGCAACGAGGAGGAAGUGGUCAGCAUCCUCAAGCAGCGGAUGGAAGCCCACCAGAAGCCGGAGAUCAAGAUGUUCUUUGCCACGAAGCUCUCCAGAUACUACGCAAAGGUCCUCAAUGAUAUUGGCAAUGCCAGAAAAGUCUUGGAAGAUGCACUUCAUUGGACAAAGGACAAAGUGUCUCUGUACCUGCGGCUGCUGGACCUGGAGUUGCAGCAAAGUCCCAUGAACGAGCUGGCCAUCCUGGACCUGCUGCAGAAGGGCAUCGACGCCAGCAAAGACACGCAGGACAAGGUGAAGUUCUCCCAGCGACGCCUGACGUAUCUCAUGGACUUUGGAACCGACGUAGCCAAAUUACAAACUGCCUAUGAGUCGCAUCAGGUUCUCCUCAAAGAUCACCUGGACAUUCUGCAGGCAGCCAACAAGAAGAGAAGCACGGAAGCGAGUGAUAGCACGCCCACCGCCACUCCAGCAAAGAAGGCUAAGACGGAUGAGAUGAAAACCCCUAGCACGGCUGCCGCCGCAGCCUCUCCUGCCACAACGUCAACACCAACCUCGGCUGCUGCCACCUCAAAGGCCCAACCGCUGUUGUCCAACCCAGUCCCCGUCCCGGCCGGCCAGGACUACAGUCAGCAACCUUCCAAUGCCGGAUGGGGAGGGUACAACCAGCCUCAGUACGGCCCACAAGGGGGCAAUUACGGGCCCCCGCCCCCUGGACCCGGGGGCUACAAUCAGCCGCCGCCAAACACCUACAAUCAGUACCAACAGUACCAACAAGGUUGGGGAGGGUACAACCAAGGCUACUACCAGCGAUAGCCCAGUCAUCAGUGCCAGUCCUGAGCAGCCCAGAAGGUGUUUGAAUAGAGAACUCUCGGCCUCAAGUGAAUCUUAAUCCAGUAGGCAAGCAUUUUGCAAGUCAGUCAGCAUCUGUCGUAGUUGCCUUCUGAGAUGCUUGGUUUGAGAAUAACCUUGAAAAAAGAAAGAAAUUGGCUGCUUCAAAAUAUUGGUUGGCUUCUAUUCAGUUUUGGACAGUUGAAGCGGAUGAAUAUUAAAAGGAUAAAGGGAGGCAAAUCAGAUCGUAUGGGGCACCAGUUAGGCAUGCUGCUUUUCCUCAGAUCAGUUUAUUUCCUCUUUUUUUUUAAGUGUUACCACUGUCGUUUGAAGCAGUUACUGUUAUUAUCUGCUCUCAUCUUUUGAGGAAACAUUCUCUUUCUUGAAGGACAUUUGUAAUUUUAGUUUGUCAAUUUGUGGAUUGGUUUUUGUAGUUUAUACCAAGGAGUGAAAGGGUUUGGCGGUAAAAGCCAAGCUGCCAAAAACUUGGGUAGUGUGUGACUGAAGAUGUAAGGCAAGGAUAAUUUUUGGCAUCACUGGAUGAAGUCUGUGGGCUGGACUUAUUCUAAAUGUAACGGUCUACUUUUAAACGUAGCUUCUUCCUGAGACACUGCAGUGCCAGUGGUGUUGCAUUAUUGAGGGUAUGGGGCAUUCCCCAUUUUGUACCAGGUGUUCUUUUUCUUUCUUGCAAGUGUCCUGUUUUUCACUAGCACCGUGCUCGUCUAUGGCACAUGAACUUAUGAAUGUUGUAUAAGUCUAUUGUCUUAUAAACAGUGGCAUCAUGAAAAGAUGAUGCCAAUCCCUCACUCCCCCCCACAUUGAUUUUAUGGAGGUCAGGGUUAAAAAUGAAAAUGUCUACCUUUCACCACUGAUGCUUAUUUUGCCCCAUUUUCAUUUGCCCCUUGUCAGAGUAACCUUGCCAUGCCAAUGAAAGCCCAUAUGUGAAAAAUUGCAAUGUAGCAACCACUCCUGCUGACGUGGCAAAGGUUAUCUGGAAAUGCACACCCUUGAUAUUAGCGUUUCUGAGAUACACUGUGAAUUUGAGCACUCCCAUUUCGAAGCCGUUGAUUCACAUUUUUGUUGAAAUAAAGAAGUAAAAAUCAUUCCUGUAAAUAUUUUCC